UGGCUGGGAUUUGAAUUGAAUUAUUUUUCCCUUGGGCUAAGGUGGGAUCGGGGAUGGUUAAGACCCCGUUUGUUUUGGGGUUUUGGAUUCUAAUCAUUAUCUUAUUUCUCUCCAAUCAUUACUUUCAUUUCUCUCUAUCUCUCUCCAAUCAUUACUCUUAUUUCCUUCAUUACUCUAUUUCUCACUACACUCAUUACCUACAAAUCAAAAUUCAAAAUCCCAAAACAAACGGGUCCUUAGUUGUUUUGAUUUCUAUAUUAGCAUUCAUAUUAAAAUUAUUGUCACGACUAUAACCAAAACAUAAAAAACAAUAAGCAUACAUAAACGUGCGAAGCACGAGGCAUUACACUAGUAUUAGGAAAAGAGCCUAUGAGGUAUGCACUUAUGGUCCAAAAUGUUAUAUACGAUAGAAAUUUGCACUAUAGAUCCACAAACUAUGAAGCUGCUGAUUUUUAUUUUUUAUUUCUUUAGGUGUUUGAUAUUGAGGGUGAAUGGGGAACUUUCACAGCUUGAUUUGGUUGAUGGGUUGGAAAGAGAGCUGACUGACUCUAUUGAAUUGUUUUGGGUAACCAAUGGUCUAUCAGAUGAGAAGUCAAACUUGAUUGAAAAGGUUUCCUGGUUAGAUUAUGGCCACAAAGUGAUGCAAGUAAAAUUUGCUUCGGCAAAUACAUUUUCGUUUCAAGUGCUCUCUUUGUUCUACCUAUCUGAUUCAUCACUGCAAGUUUGCUAUCCGUCUCCAGGUGUUGACCCUUUCAAACAGGAAGAUUUCUUGCAGUUAGACCCUGAAAUGGAAUUUGACCGUGAGGUAUACCCUCUUGGUCUUCUUCCAACUGCCAGAGUUGUUGUUGGUGUUUUCCUAGAGUUUCAACUUGCACGAAGUUCCCAUGUUUUGAGCCAUCUCCACAGGCUCAAACUCUACCGCAUUGCCUACUCAGACACCUUCUUUAGGUACCCACUUGGACCCAUUAGCUCGUAGUACACCAUGAGCAAGUUGUCAUCUCUUCAUACUUUUAUUGGUAAGGUGUUCAGGUAUUUCAUAAGUUAAUUGUCGCAACAUGAUGAGAUCGCUCUAUUUGUUCUGUUUAGAUAUCUUUCUUCUAAAGAACUCCUGAUAAGCACCUAAUAUUGUAGUUAUUUGGUGCACCUAGUCCCGUUUUAUGUCAUUUGUUCUAGGUUUAUUUGUCGUUUUUAGCGAUUUUGCACGUAAGGUUUUUCGUUGAGCUUUUCAUGUAAUACGCAAAUAAGAGGGCUUGUUAGGUGUUUUGAACAACCGUUGAGGCAAGCGAGUAGGCGAGGCCUUGAAGAAUUCAGCCGUCGGAGCUUAAGGAUGAAGAACCGUAUAAGCCGGAGUAUGCUAUGGGCUGUCGGGUGGCAAAACGAGGCUUGAGGAACUUGGUCUGUCAGGAAGCAGAACCGUAUCGAUACGUUUCCUGGAGUAUCGAUACGGUUUUAAAACAGAGAGACAUCCGGCCUUCAGCGUAUCGAUACUCUAUUCUCCGUAUCGAUACGGUUCUGUGUGUAUCGAUACGGGUCGUCUACGAGGAAUCCUGGGUUUCAGAGCAAGACAGCUCGGUAUCGAUACGGCUCUGGAGUAUCGAUACGGGAGGCUUAUCGACUUACUUUUUGACAGCUUUUAACUUUCCAUAAGUGGCAAGUUUUCACUUUUAGCUGUAUAUUGGAUAUUUCGGAGGAGAGAGAGAGUCUCUUUUGUAUAAAUGGCACUCCCUCUCUCCCUCUUUUAUUAUCUAGCUCA